AUGAAGACAAGCGCCCUCGCAUCCGUCCUGGGCCUGUGUGGCACCAGUAUCGCCGCAGCUGUGCACAAGAGCAGCGAGCCGUGGGGUUACAAGGCCGGAUCCAAGGAGUCCAUUACCAAUCUGAAGGACAAGGUCGAGAAUGUUGUCUGGAUCCUGCUGGAGAACCGCGCAUUUGACAACAUCCUCGGUGGCGUGCACAAGGAGGGUCUCGACAACGUCGUCAACAACGGGCCUUUCUGCAACCCGGAGAAUGUGAGCGACCCUCACAGCAAGAAGUAUUGCAGCGUCUACAAGGACUUUGACUCGGUUCUGAAUGACCCAGACCACUCGGUCACCGGCAACAACCUCGAAUUCUUCGGCACCUACUCGCCCAACAAUGCCGCCAUUGCCAAUGGCUCGUUGACUCCCACCCUGAACGGGUUUGUCAACCGCCAGAGCGACGCCUACCCUAAGAUCUCUACGCAGACUGCUUCCCGUGAGGUCAUGGGUUACUACUCGGAGAGCGAGAUCCCGACUCUGGUCGACCUGGUGGAUGAGUUCACUACCUUCAACUACUGGCAUUCUUGCGUGCCUGGUCCUACAAACCCCAACCGCCUGUGUGCCCUUGCUGGUACCGCCGACGGACAUGGUAUGAACGACAACAGCUUCCUUGUCUCCGGCGUCGACGUCCCGAGCAUCUUCCAGGUCGCCAGCGAGAAGGGCAUCUCAUGGCGCAACUAUGACGGCACCAACGGUGCCUUCCUGCCGGAUUCGUUGUUCUUCAACUGGACUGCCAAGAACGCGAAGUCGAACGUGGUCCCAGUGGAGAAUUUCUUCCAGGACGCCUACCUGGGCCUGCUGCCCCAGCUGUCCUACAUCAACCCGUCCUGCUGUGGCCUGAACACCAACUCGAUGCACCCCUCAGGCAAUGUGUCGUUCGGACAGGUCUUUGUCAAGCAGAUCUACGACGCCCUCCGCACCAGCCCCCAGUGGGACAAGACCCUGCUUCUGCUCACAUACGAUGAAACCGGUGGUUUCUUUGACCACGUUCCGGCUCCGCUUGCCGUUCGUCCUGAUAACAAAACCUACUCAGAGGUAGCGCCUGACGGUAGCACCUACACCUUGAACUAUGACCGUCUGGGCGGCCGGAUGCCCACCUGGCUGAUUUCUCCAUAUGCGCCCAAGGGCCACAUUGAGAACAAGGGCACGGAUCCUGCCACCGGCAAAUCAGCGUCCUACAGCGCAACCUCCGUGCUCAAGACCCUGGGCUAUCUCUGGGAUCUGACGGACUUGACGCCCCGCGUCUCGCACUCGCCGUCCUUUGAUCAUCUAAUUGGGCCCUCGCUGCGGUCUAACACGCCCCAGACUCUGGCCAAUCCCGUUCCGUUCCCCGAUGCUGUCUAG